AGACAUUAACCACACAAAUAGAUUCAGUGAAGUAUUGCACAAUAGGAUUUAAACCUGUAUCUGAUCAGAAUAUAGAAGAAGUUGUAAUAGUCGAUAAGUGUGUAAGUUGACAGUAUUAUUAUUUAGACCGCUGGACUCCGGAAACACGUGUUCCAAGUCGAAAGUGAAAACGCAUUUCAGGAUGCGCUUGUUUCAUGAACUUUUAAGAGACGAACGAGACAUUUACAAUGAAGAGGAGAUCAGACUUGCCAGAGUUCAGCUGUGUGUCCAUGAAGAGUGACGCGUCUAUGGAUCCUAAAAGAGAUUUUAGAGGUGCAGAGAUGAAACCUCACUUCAGAUCAGAUGAUCAGAUGAGAUCAGAUCCAGAGUUCAGCUGUGUGUCUAUGAAGAGUAACCGGUCUAUGCAUCGACCAUUCAACUUUAAGAGUGGAGAUACAAGACCUGAUGUCAGAACCCAGAUGAAGUUUGAUCCGUCUGAGAAUCAACCACAACACUUCAAUGAAGACAUGAGUCCUGCUUUCAGCCAUGAGUCUAAACCUCCUGAAGUCCUGAACACAUUCAGAUCAAAUCUGAGGAAGAAGUUUGAGUGUUUGUGUGAAGGAACAUCAGAUGAGAGAAACCCAACACUGCUGAAUGAGAUCUUCACAGAACUCUACAUUACAGAGAGUGAAAGUGGAGAGAUCAGUAAUGAACAUGAGGUGAGACAGAUUGAGACACAAUCCAGGAGAACAGCAACAGAGGACACACCAAUCAAAUGCAAUGACAUCUUUAAAGCUUUUCCUGCACAAGACAAACCCAUCAGACAUGUGCUGACAAAGGGAGUCGCUGGCAUUGGAAAAACAGUCUCUGUGCAGAAGUUCAUUCUGGACUGGGCUGAAGGGAAAGAGAAUCAGGACGUCCACCUCAUAUUUCCACUUCCUUUCAGAGAGAUCAAUCUGAUGAAGAACCAAACACUCAGUCUUUUACAUCUUCUUCAUCUUUUCUUCCCAGAGACAAAAGAAAUGGAAAUCUCCAGCGGUGAAUAUAAAGUGUUGUUCAUCUUUGAUGGUUUGGAUGAGUGUCGUGUGUCUCUGGAUUUUCACAGCAGUGUGAGGUUGUGUGAUGUAAGUGAAUCAGCCUCAGUGGAUGUGAUGCUGACAAACCUCAUGAAGGGGAAUCUGCUUCCCUCUGCUCUCAUCUGGAUCACCUCCAGACCAGCAGCAGCUGAUCUCAUCCCCUCUGAGUGUGUUGAUCGAGUCACAGAGGUACGAGGCUUCACUGACAAACAGAAGGAGGAAUACUUCAGCAAAAGAAUCCGUGAUGAGAGUCUGAACAACAGAAUCAUUUCACACCUGAAGUCAUCCAGGAGCCUCUACAUCAUGUGUCACAUCCCAGUGUUCUGCUGGAUUUCAGCCACUGUUCUAGAGAGAAUGUUGUGUGAAGCAGAGAGUGAAGGAGAGAUCCCCAAGACUCUCACUCAAAUGUACACACACUUCCUGAUCAUUCAGACAAACAUCAAACAUCAGAAGGACUAUGAGAAGAAAGUGAAUGAUGAAGACAUGAUCUUCAAACUGGCCAAACUGGCUUUUGAGCAGCUUGUGAAAGGGAACCUGAUCUUCUAUGAUGAGGACCUGAGAGAGUGUGGCAUUGAUGUAGCAGAAGCAUCAGUGUACUUAGAAUUGUGCACUCAGAUAUUCAGAGAGGAGUUUGGCUUGUAUCAGGGAAUUUACUGCUUUGUUCAUCUGAGCGUUCAGGAACAUCUUGCAGCUCUUUAUGCUCACAUUUCCUUCACAAACAACAACAGAAAUGUGUUUGAUCAAAGUCCUGAAAUGACAGAAAACCCCCAUAAAGCUAAAAGUCCAGGUCUGUUUUUAAAGAUUUUUGUCAAAGUGACUCAUAAAUCAUCGGAGCAGGUUUCAUUAUCUGAGCUGCAUCAGAGAGCUGUAGAUGAAGCUUUACAGCGUCAGAAUGGACAUCUGGAUCUUUUUCUUCGUUUUCUUCUGGGUUUGUCUCUGGAGUCUAAUCAGAAUCUUCUAGGAGGUUUGAUGACGCAGACAGUAAGAAGCUCUCACAGCAAUGAGAAAACAGUCGAGUAUAUCAAGAAGAAGAUCAGGAGCACUCGCUCUACAGAGAAAUCCAUCAAUCUGUUUCACUGUCUGAAUGAACUGGGUGAUGGUUCACUAGUGGAGGAAAUCCAACAUCAUCUGAAAUCUGGAACAUUAAGUCGAACCAAACUGUCUUCAUCUCAGUGGUCAGCUGUAGCUUUUGUGUUGUUGACAUCAGAACACGAGCUGAAAGAGUUUAAACUCUAUGAAUAUGUGAAAACAGGAAACAAAGCUGAAAUUCAGAAGGUUAUUAAGAAUCUGCUGCCUGUGAUUCAUGAAUCCAGAUCAGUUCAGUUGUGUGAUUGUAAGAUUACAGAUGAAGGUUGUGUUUCUUUGACUUCAGCUCUGAGAUCAAACCCCUCACACCUGAGACAUCUGGAUCUGUCUGGGGUUCAUCUGAGAGAUUCAGGAGUGAAGCUUAUCUCUACUGUACUGGAGAAUCCUCACUGUAAACUGGAGACACUGAAGUUGAACUGGUGUAUGAUCACAAUUACAGAUGAAGGUUGUGUUGCUCUGACUUCAACACAUGAUGUAGGAAAUUCAGAAGUGAAGCUGAUCUGUGAUGUGCUGGAGAAUCCUCACUGUAAACUGGAGACACUGAAGUUGAGGAGUUGUAAGAUCACAGAUGAAGGUUGUGUUGCUCUGACUUCAGCUCUGAGAUCAAACCCCUCACACCUGAGACAUCUGGAUCUGUCUUAUAAUAAUGUAAAAGAUUCAGGAGUGAAGAUGAUCUCUACUGUACUGGAGAAUCCUCACUGUAAACUGGAGACACUGAAGUUGAGGAGGUGUAAGAUCACAGAUGAAGGUUGUGUUGCUCUGACUUCAGCUCUGAGAUCAAACCCCUUACACCUGAGAAAUCUGGAUCUGUGCUAUAAUAAUGUAGGAGAUUCAGGAGAGAAGCUUCUCUGUGAGCUGAGAGAUGAUCCACAUUAUAAACUAGAGACAGUGAUGCCCCACUGGUGAUGACAGUAAUGUGUGUGUUUAAAGGUGUGUAUGUGAUCUUCAGUAUCUUCUAAUGGACAAUAAGAAGACGACACUAUAGUGACAUCACAGACACACUAACACAAUAACACCUCACACUGAUAACACUGUUUGAAAACAAUCACUACACAUUCAGUUUCAUAGUUCUGUGAUAGUCUUUAUAAAGUGACUUAAAAACUUCUUCAACAAAAGAAAAUGAUGUUCACAAUGUUGUCAGGACAUUAAACACACACAAAUGUUGUGUAAACUCCAGUAGAUUUGAAUCUCAAAUCCAUAUCCAGCUUAACCUUGUGGAAAACCAAAAAACGGAAAGAAAUUAAAGAAAAACCCACGGAAAAUAAAAUAACAUUACUAAUGCAGUAUGUUCCAGUAAGCUAUGUGUAAAAUGUGUAAUAUGUCAAAUUAAGUCAAGUCAUGAUUAAAGGUACCGUAGUUCCCCGCCAAAACGAAAUUUCUGUCAUCAUUUACCAAUGGUUUUGCUUUUGCUUCUGUUGUAUGAAGAAAAAUCAAUGUGGAAAAAUGUUUUUCUCUUACUAACUUUCUUUCAAAUAUCUUUUGUGUUUACACGGUUUGCUAACCCUAACCCACACGUAACAUUUUUUUGCGAACGUGAUCGUAAUUGUGCGUUGGCAUAUGGAACGCCAAGAGGGUCAAAAACGUGCAAAUUUUAACACGUCAAAAUCGUCGCGUGCUCUACGCGCAAACAACGCGUUCUCGACGCGCAAACAAUGCGUACUCUACGCGUGAUGUCAGACGUCAAUUUCGCACGUUUUUGAGCCAUCCGGCCACUUGCCCAGAUUGAACGUGUAAGCGUGAUGAGUUCCCAUUGGCUGCUGAGCGGAAGGGUUAAACCAUUAGUGUAGGCCUAGGCGGGCUGCCUUCCAUUUCUGAUUCCUUGCCAUCACAAUGCACGUAACAUGCGAAAGAUCCAAUUAUCUUUUUAUGUGUCCAUUUAUCUAAUAAGCUAUUAGAUAUAGAUGUUUAUAAUCUUUUUUAUCGUUUAUUGGCCGGUCGUGUUAGUGACUGUUGUGGCAGAGACAAAUUAAUAAAAGACGCCAGUGAUGUAUCAGUUUCAGUGGUGUAGGGCUAUAGACGCUGCCCAUAUUCAUUGUAUUAUGGUGUCUGGGUGAAUGUAGGAUUGAAGCCCUCUCGCCUCGAAGACUAAUUCUUCUGUAACAAAAUGAGUUUUAGAAAACCUCCAUCCACAGUUUUAAGCUCUGUCCAUUAAUACAUAUGUUUAUAAUUUGUUCAUGUUGAAUAAUUUAUAAAAUAUAUUGGUAAUAUUAGGUUUUAUAUUCUUACUAAUUUUCAAACCUUGUCUACGGCCCUUUUUUAUUUA